UGGUCUUUGUCUGCCGCGUUUAUUUCUAAGGGAGUUAUUAGCAUACAACCGCCAUGUUCUAUAACGUUGAUACUGUUCACGAACAUGUAUCGAGGAGAACGUGGUAUAUAAUAUCGGUCGGUUUCUGAUGCUUUGGUCUCAGAAAAAACUCAUCAUCAUCAUCAUCAUCAUCAUCACACACACAACUAUCAAGUUAUCAUCAUCGUAUUCUUAAGAACUCAUACUACAGCAGCACUGGUGCUUUCGUGGGUAUUCUUGUAAUGAACGAUUUCCGAAAUCUUCAACUUUGCAACUUCGAAUAAAACUGUCAAAAUGGCCUUGACAAAAUCAGGCUUGAGCCCAGGCAGAGAUUGGCACGAGUGGGUUGAAGUCGAUCACCCCUCCAUUUCUGACGACUACGUCCACGUGAGCAAGUCGGAUCUUGAAAGUUGGUCUCUCCCUCCCGUUGAGGAUGGGAAAAAGGACGAGGACAACGCUGACGUAGUGCUGCAGCUAACACAGUCCCAGGCAGACGACCUGGACCGCCUGGUUGCGCCUAAGGUCAAGGAAUUGGAGAAGGAGCUGCGAGAGCAGAACGACUGCAAUUACUCGGCCGCAAUGGAGAAGAUAUUCGGUAGCGACGCCAAGGAAUAUCAACUCAUGUUCGAUGCUGCGAUUCCCGAGCUGCGGUUCCAGCCAAGACAUUCUCGAGACAUGUAUUCUCCGCGGCCGGGCGUCUUAUACACGGCGUUGACUACUGCUGAUAAGUGCAAGGACGCGGCCGACUUGCUCCUGAGGGGAAUGCGGACUCGGGGGGCCCAUGGGAACAACACCGAGGCGCUCUCUUGGGAUCAUCCCCCAAGUUCCGAGUCUAGAGAAUUCCCGGAGCGGAGGGACGUGCCGUCGUUCGCUCAUAGUCCGGACGACGUCGAUUAAAUCCGCUAAUUAAGUAAGUGGC